GUCGUCAGUGCCUGGCGUCGGAUGCCAGAAGGCGGCAUCCGAAGGGCGUCGAUGCACAACGGAAUGUGGAGAGAGAGUUUCUGGAGGAAAAGAAGCAAUCCAGCGGGCUCGUGGAGUGCUUCAGGACCGUUUAUUGGUUGCAUGAAGAGAUGCAGGAGACUCCAUGGUUUGCCAGGGAUAUGAGCCGCGAGUUUUGGAUUUGCGUUGAUGUCACUGACAAGGACGAUGUAGUACCUCACAGUGAGUGGGCCAUGGCAGCUUCAUGCCCAUGCAAUGUCAGUCUUGUCGCGAUACGCCGUGGGAAGGCUUUCUCUCUCUCGAAGGCAGAUUACCAGCGUCAUGUCCAGCACCAUCGUGUGGGCAUUGUCUUGGAGGUCAUGGCAUUCUUGGGGCGUGUCCUGACCCCACCGGACGUAUUGAGUCAAGAUCUUUGGUGGCUCGAGGAGACGCCACUAGCACGAAGUCCGAUCAUGCGAGCACUUCCGCGUGAUGUUCGUCAGAGAAUUCUUUGCAGCGGUGCACUUCGCAAGCUGCCAUCACGGAGCUGGCUCUGUCGUGAGGAAGACACCUUGCAUGCGUGCUACUUGUUGAUCAGUGGCGAGCUCGAGCUCAGCCUUCCUGGAACGGAGAGGCGACGUCUUCUGCCAGGAGUCGUCUUCGGUGAUAAGAUGCUUUGCACUGACAGCCCGGAGCCGGGUUGGGCCUCCCGCUAUUGCGCAGGAGGCGAGGACUGCUUGCUCUACGAGGUUUCCAGGCAGAGUUUCGAGGCUGGAUUGCAAUUGUCGGAGGUCACUGAUCCCCGAGUUCCGGAGAUUGAGAAGGCGCUUCAAAUUCCCUUCGGAGCCAGGACAUUCACACAGCUGCAGCUCCUGUCGAGCUUCUUGGAGAGGCAGGUGCAGUUCAGCACAGUGGACUCAUUUGCAAGACUGGAAAUCAGUGAGUUCGCGGAGCUGCGCAAAAUGAGUGCCGGAGAGGCCAUCCCAUUCAGCUUGCAGUGCAGCUGUUGCAUUCUCCAUGGCAAGGUCAGUGUGCUUGUGCGAGAGGGUGACCAGCAGGUUCAUGUCUGCAGUUUAUCUGCGGGGUCAUGGCUAGGUGAGGAGUUUGGCAUGUCCGGUGAAUUCAGCAUUCUCGCGGCCAGGGAUUGCAGCCUCUUCUGGCUCGAUCGGAGCCAUCUUCCGCAGGGUCGGGGGUCCAUCAUUGCCAUCGGUGGAGACAAAGCAACCGAUCGAGCGUCUACGGACCGGGGCCGUGCCAUCCAGACCUUGCGGUUCAAGGCUCCGGAACAGCGCAGUCCAGAAGAUGUGGCCUUGCUCGCGAAGUUGUUCCACGGCAAUAAGUUUUUCGACGAGCAGGAGGAGUCGGUUUUGAGGGAGAUUUGUCGAAGCAUGUCCUACGAGGAGGUGAAGCGGCAUCAGGUCAUCAUCAAGCAGGGUGAUGUUGCCGACAUGUGCUACAUCCUUUUGAAGGGCGCUGUGGGAAUAUGGGUGAGUCGGCAAGACGAACUCAUUGAAGAAGAGGAGGCAAAGGAAGAACCUGAGAGCCCGGCAAGGACGAAGGAUGACGAGCAAGAUGCUUCACCGAAAACGACAAAGUCCAUGCCGCAGGCUGCAGAGAAGGAGACAGAAGUUCAGCCAAGCUCCGUCCACGCCAGAAAGCUGCAAAAGGCAGCUGUCAAGUUGCUCGUGGCAAGGCGAGCCGUCGAUGAUCCAGCACCUCAAGGCAAGCAGCCCGCUGCGGAGUCGCAGGACCCAAACUCGGAAGUUGAUCCAGAAACAGGUGGCCCCAUCAAUGCAACCCAGGUGAAGGAGCUUAAAGAAGGAGAUUGCUUCGGCGAGACUGGACUCCUGCACGGUGCACGGCGCAAUGCGUCGAUUGUUGCUGCCGAAGAAUGUCAGCUGGGCUGCAUUAGCAAAGCCCUCUUCGAGAGCAAGCUUCGCGCUGCAUACCUGGCAAAGGAGCAGGCGCGAGUGAAUUUCCUUCGUGACCAUUUGCCGAGGACAACGAACGGUGUCGACCAUGCACAGGUCUUAGGAGGCUUUUUCUCUGAGCAGCAAGUGAGGCGUGGACAUGUGUUGUGUGUGGCUGGGAAGCCGUGUGAGCGCCUCACUAUCAUUCGAGAUGGCCUCUGCAAGGUUCGUACGAGAGAGGGACGAGCUCAGGAAGUUGGCGAAAUUGGCAGGGGUCAGAUCAUUGGCUUGUCAACAAUCGGCGGUGCGGAUGUCGAGCCGUUCACGAUUGUCUGUGCAAGUCCGGAGGUGACUGUCUUUCGGAUGGACCUGACCGACGCCCGCAAUCGCAUUCCCACAGAUCUGAGGGAGGCCAUGGCAAGUUUUGGACUUCAAAUGGUGGCGCGAAUGCAGCGCCGUGCAGACUUCCUGAAAGCGGCUUUGAGCCCAAGUGGAGAUUCAAUACAGGUGCUCACGGGCCUCGAGGAUGCAGAAGGCAGACGUUGCUUGUCCCCAAAGACGCUCGCGAGUAGGGCCAGGACAGCACCAUCUGCUCCAAAGGGUGAGGUUCAUGAUGCGCCACAUCGCCGGCAGCUGACCAGAUUGAUGGAACGGCAGCAGCGGGAAUGGGAAGACCUGGUGAUCACCAAGCCAUCACAGUGGUCCCCGAACAUGGUGGCUGAGAAGCAGAAGGAGAAGGAGAGGCUGAAGAGGCAGCUUCACAGCAGGAACAUCAAGACCGAUAGGCUCCUCAAAGAGAACUCGACUUGGCAGCACGAGAGGCAUCUGCUGUUGACUCGUCCGGACCUGUGUCUUCGCAUUGGGCUGGGAGUUUGCUUCGAGGUCGAGCUUGCCGCAGCCGCCACAGCCAGUGAAGAUGAUGACAAUCCGGAUGCUUUCCUUUGCUGUCGGCCCAUGUCAGUCAGGCCACAGGUUCCAAGCCCGUCGACCGCGAGGCCGGGAUCGACCGAGUGUGACAUUCGUCCUCGUCCAGACUUUGCAGAUGCGCAGGAGCAUAGCAGCAUGAGAGACCUGAACCCGUUUUUCGUUCUGCACGAGCACCACUAUUCUGUCGAGGAGGUCGAGGAGGCCCCUAUGCUGCUUUCGGCCAAAGCUUCGCGCAAGCAUGAAUCUGCAGAUGCAACCAUGGAGGAAUCGAACGAGGUCAGACGUCCUUCGCGCGACACGACCAGGCCCCGGGCUGGACCUCGAGGAGUUGCAACACAGAAAAGGCGCAAGUUGGUGAGCCUUCGUAAAGGGCUUGGUGAUGUUGCCAAGCAGCAAAAGCUGCCCAGCGCUCGCGACGGUCAACAACAAAUCGUCCUCAGAAAGCACUACGAUCCAGAAGCUUCCUCGGUGCGCUUCGGUGCAGAGGAGAUCCUGCUGUUGGAGUCCCGGAAUGCUGAAGAAGAGGCUUGGCAACGGGAUCUGCUGGAGAUGCACGUCGAGGGUCGGUCUUCAUCUUCUCCGGUCACGCCUACAACCCCUGGAUCUGUCGGAGAACAGCACAGCCCAAGAAAUCGCUGCAUGAUCCCCGAGUGCAUCACUGUGGCCCAGGAGACACAGUCAGAUCAGGCCUUCGGACAGUGA